GUAUUUUUACGCAAUAUCUCAGCACGUUUGGGUGCAAUAAUUUUUCAACCAUAGGUUACAGUUUUUUAAUGCAAAUUUAGCGUGUCUCACGGUGCACACCAAACUUAGCACAAAAUUUAUGCAAUAAUCACGCCUUUUUUUGUUUGUUAAAAAUUUUCACCAUGGAUGCGUUACUUUGACGCAAAAGUAAUAAUUUUUGUUGAUCGGGUAGUGAAUUAAGAUUUUACUUCAGUGAUGACCUGAUCAGCAGUAUCUUUAUUAAUAUCAUCUUGGGAGCAAGUAUUUUGCAAGAUGUUAAGCAUUUUUGUUUAAUCAAAACAAAUUUUCAAUCUUUUAAUUUUCAGAUUUUUGACUGAUAAUUGUAACAAAAAAUUGCGCCUUUAAAUUCGGGUGGAAUGUGUUUCUUAAAAUGAUACAUGAACGUGAUGGGAUGAUGUGCGUGAUUAUUUUACUGCUGACCUCGGACAACUUAGCCAUUGGAUUAGGGAAGUCUUUUGUUCUGGCAAAACAAGGGUCGAUAGUAAGGUCUGCUUAUUCGCCAGGAUGUGAUCCAUGCGCUCUCAUUUUCCAACAAUUAUAGCUUGUGUAAUUCUGCACGGAUUUUGAAAGUAAUUAUAGAGGUAGUUAUUUAAAAAUAUGACAGUAGCAUAGUGCAUCCAAAAUCGGUUUUUCCGAUUUUACAAAACCGGUUAAAAACCGGUUUUCGAUUAAACCGAAAACCGGUUUUACUUUUUUCCAAAAAACCGGUUUUGCAAAAAACCGGUUUUAAGAUUUUCAUAGAAACCGGUUUUGUCGAAACACCGGUUUUAUUACACGCGAAAACCGGUUUUAGAUUUUUGAUGGGGCAAAGUGGUAAAUCGUUUUUUAUUGGAGCGGGGAGUUUAGUAUUGACCGUGCGAGGACUUAUAAAAACUAAUUUUUCAUUUCUAAGUCUUUAAAAUGGCAAAUUCAGAGCCAUCAACACAAAUUCCGAUUUAUGUUAACUAUCUUAAGAAAGGGGAUGAUGAAUCUUCCGUUUGGUAUUAUUUUUUACGGGAAAAAGACGGUCAGUCCGGAAAAUGUAAAAAUGGUGACUGCCAACAAAUUAUCAAAACAAGUGGUGGUACAACGUCUAGUCUCAGGUAAAAUAUUAUUAGAGUGACUUAAAUUAAAUUUAAAAAAAUAUCUGGAUUUUAUUGACUGGAAUAUUUUAUAAAGAACCCAUUUGAAGUCAAAGCACAAAAUUAUAUUAAAAACUAAGGCGACGGAAGAACCACUUGCUCAAGGUAAACUUACUCAAGAUGUGCCUGCUAAGAUUACGAAGAAAAUAGACCAAUGUUUUCCACAUGUUGAGAAGAUUUCGCGAUUUCUAACAAUUUCACGGAUGGUCGCAAAGGACGGUUUGCCAUUCUCGGUAUUUUGUACUUCUGCCGAUCUGAGGAGAGCAAUAUCGGCACUUCAUUUGAAGGACGACCUCCCACGGUCACCAUCAACUAUUCGAAGCAUUGUAAUGAAGUUCUCACAAUCACUCCGAGCACAACAGUGGAAAAAAAUUCAAGAAAAUGUGAAAGCUGGGACAAAGUUAUGUGCAAUAUUUGACGAGUGGACCUCAAGAAAGAAUAGGCGCUAUAUGUAUAUCAUUGUUACUGGAUCUUAGCAAAUUUGGAAUUUAGGUCUGGUACGAAUACAUGGUUCCCUUACAGCAGAAAAGGCUCUAUCACUGGUUGAAGAAAAAUUGAGACAAAAUGGAAUGGAUUUGGAGACAACCAUCGUUAGCAUAAUCACAGAUGGGGCUUCAGUGAUGACCAAAAUCGGAAAGUUAUCACCUACCCAUCAGCAGUUAUGCAUCGCCUAUGGCGUUCAGCUGGCAGUAACCGAUGUGCUUUAUGCAAAAAAGAAAAAUGCACAAAAUGUGGUUUCUGUUCCCAAUCAGGCAGAUGAGAUUGAUGUUAUGAACGACAAUGAUGGCUAUGCCGGAGGGAACGAAGAGUGCGACCAGGAUGAUGAUGACGACCAAGACAAUGAUGGCGCUUUCGUUGUUGAUAUAAAUGGCCCGCCCAUGGAUAUUAUGCAUGAUACCAUUGCUCCCCUUAUCUGCAAAGUUCGUAAAAUCGUCAAAUUGUAUCGAAAAUCGCCUCUCCGAAAUGAAAACUUGCAAAAGUAUGUGAAAAUCGAAUUUGAAAAAGAAUUGUCACUCCUUUUAGAUUCGAAAACUAGAUGGAAUAGUUUAAUGGAUAUGAUGGAAAGAUUUUACAACUUACGAAGUUGUAUAAGGAAAUCCUUAAUUGACUUGAAACCUGAAGUUAAAAUCUAUUUGGACGACGAUGAUGUCAAUCAAAUUCAUCAACUAAUCCAGGCACUCGGGCCGCUGAAGUUAACAGUAGAAGUUCUUUGUCGCCGCGAUUCAAAUCUUCUAUCUGCAGAUGCUGCGCUCAACUUCACGUUGUCAAAACCAGAUGAAUUGGAGACCAGAGUGGCUGAGGACCUUGCGGAAAUGCUCAGGAAGCGAAUUUUGGAAAGAAGAACUGAAUACCCGGGAGUUUUGCAAUAUUUACACUCCGCCUCACACAUGAUGAGUUAAAAAUACGAUAAAGUAUUUGAAAUUCCAUCUAAACAUAAGAUAACAAUGGUCCUAAAAAAUUUGCUAUCCCCUUUGUGCCCAAGUGCAGAAUCAUGCCAAAAUACACGGAAUGAAGGAGAUCGGGGGCCAGAUGGAAUUUUGAUCAGCAACAAAAAAUUACCACUUCAAGUUGAGUUGAACCAAGCUCUUCAAGAGAUUGAUACUGUUGAGCAUGCCGAAAAACACACGUCGCCACAAACGUUGUUGUCAACUAUCAAGAAAGAGAUGUCGCUGUUUGAAGCCGGAGGGUCACGCGGUCAUCAUCUCCAAAUUGCAUAUGAAUAUUUGAAGACAAUUAAACCAACAAGUGAUAAAGACCAAGUGUACUGUACAAAUCCUUUUCGCGUCGAUGUCACCGAAUUUAA